AUGACCAACGUGUACUCCCUGGACGGGCUGCUGGUGUUCGGGCUGCUCCUGGUCUGCACGUGCGCCUACCUGAGGAAGGUGCCCCGGCUGCGCUCCUGGCUGCUGUCCGAGAGGAGGGGGCUCUGGGGGGUCUGCCACAAGGCUGCCGUGAUCGGGACCCGCCUGCACGUGGCCGUGUCCGUGUCCUGCCUCCUCAUGGCCUUCUACGUCCUAGUGGGGAAGUGACCCCAGGGGGACCCUCCUGGGACCUGGCACCAACCCCAGAGACCCCCGGGGACCCCCCUGAGACCUGGCACUGACCCUAGAGAUCCCCAGGGAUCCACCUGAGACCCCAAGACUGACCCCAAUGCUGUCGUACCAACCUGAGACCCUGGGACUGACCCCAGAGACCCCAGGAUCGACCCUGAGACCCUAAGAUGGACCAGAGCUCCCAGUCCUGAUCCUGGUAUCCCAGUACCAACUGUAGAGACCCCAGAAUUGACCUGAGACCCCAGUACAGAGCCCAGGACCAACCAGAGACCCCUGAACUGAUCCUGGAAACCCCAGAGACCCCAGAAUUGACCUGAGACCCCAGUACAGAGCCCAGGACCAACCAGAGACUCCUGAACUGAUCCUGGAAACCCCAGAGACCCCAGAAUUGACCUGAGACCCCAGUACAGAGCCCAGGACCAACCAGAGACUCCUGAACUGAUCCUGGAAACCCCAGAGAC